UCACCACAGUCCACAACACAAACUCCCCGGCGCACGUUAGCCUUCUCCGCCAUCUAAUCAUCCACUAGCAUUCAAAAACCGCCUGGCAUCCCAUCACAGCCGUGGGAUUGCGGCGAGGCCACAUCAUGGACGCGCUCUUCGACUCGAUCAAUGUCCGGGACCUACUCUCGGCCCGAGACCUCUCGGACCCGACCUGCCCGCUCUCCGCACCGGAUCUCCGCCUCCUCAUCCAAAGGCUCGAGUCCCACUCGCUCCACAUCAAGUCCAAGGUCGGCUCCUACCUUCUCUCCCACCACCACCACUUCGCCUCCCUUUUCUCCCUCUGCAACGACGCUGUUUCGCAAUCCGACCUCAUCUCCUCCAACCUCUCUGAUCUUCUCCGGUUGAUCUCCGACCGUCCGAUCGACGUCGAGAUUCGGGACUUGAUCGAGGAGCUGAGCGAGAAGACAAGGGAGGCGAGGACCAGGAGAGAGCUGUUGGAGUUGGCGAGGGCAGUCGUGGAAAUUAGCGAGAGAUUGAAGGGCGUGAGGGAGGGGAUCAGGAAUGGACAGCUGAAAUUCGCUGCUGAGGAGGUGAGGGAAUUGAAGAAGGCGCUUAGGCUUCGUGAUGGUGAUCGUGACGGUGGUGACAUCGCUGAUGAGAGUGAGAGAGAGAGAGAACCGGUGGUGUACGGGCUGUUGAAGAAGGAGUGGUCGGAUUGCUUUGAAGAGAUUCAAGAGGUGCUUGUGAAAUUCAUGCAAAAUGCGGUGCGUUUCGAAGGAGACACUAAUAGACUACUAGUCCAGUAUCGGCUGAGCCUUAACGGAGUUGACUGGAUUGAGCUCCGAACAGUUCUUGAAGCCAUGGAUGUGGUUGGAAUUUUGGAUUAUGGACUUGCUAAGCUAGCGGAUUUGAUAAUCAAGUAUGUUGUCUCUCCUGCCGUAAAUCGUGGAUCACCGAUUUCAUUUGUAGAAGAGUUAAAUCAAGACCCAAAAGAAAUGACUGAAGCUGUAUUGAAGAUAGUACCUUCAGUAGAACCUAUGGUUGAGAAUGUCGAAGGUGAGGCAAUCUAUUCGGCAAUUAUACAGCUCAUUAAGUUUAUCGGCAAACGCAUAUGCUUUGAAAACGGUUCAUGGAUUGAAUCUUUUGGAAGAUUGACAUGGCCUAGGAUAUCAGAGCUGAUUAUUUGUAACUUUCUUUCCAAGGUUGUACCUAAGGAUGCUUCAAAACUUGCCGAUUUUCAGAAAAUCAUUGAAUGUACUUCUCAGUUUGAGACUGCUUUAAAGGAAAUGAUGUUUAUUUCAGCAUCUGAUAACAAGGAUGAAAAGUUGAGCAACUUCGCUCAAAAUGUUGAGGUUCACUUUGCCUCUAGGAAAAAGAAAGAAAUUUUGGGGAAGGCUCGAAAAUUGCUUCUACAAUGCGACUUUGACGUUCCUCAAGAGUACACAAGGAAAGGUCCUAUGCUGAAGGACAGAGCGGCUGUAAAUUCUUAUGAACAAGUUGUUGACUUGCUUUUUCUGUCCGAGAGGUGUGUGGUGUCUAAAGCAGCGAUUCAACUUAUGGAGCUAGUGCAUCAGACACUUAAGGAUGUUUGCUUGUCUUCCACAAGAGUUGCUCUAGAAUUCUAUCGUGCGGCUAGGGAUGCUAUACUUCUCUAUGAAGUUGUCAUUCCUGUCAAGCUAGAAAAGCAGCUUGAUGGCAUCAAUCAGGUUGCUGUUCUCAUGCACAAUGACUGUCUUUAUCUAUCUCAAGAGAUACUUGGGCUUGCAUUUGAGUAUCGGUCAGACUUUCCAAGUUCCAUUAAGGAACAUGCUGUAUUUGUUGAUAUGGCUCCAAGAUUUCAUCUUAUGGCAGAAGAAAUAUUGCAGAAGCAAAUUCAGCUUAUUUUAUAUAAUUUGAAAGAGGCUGUAGAUGGUGCUGAUGGAUUCCAGAAUACACAGCUGAAGCAACAAUUCGAAUUAGUAAAGUUUAGUAUAGAUCAGGUCAUUUUCAUUCUGGAGAAAGUGCAUAUCAUUUGGGAGCCACUUUUGCUACCUUCAACUUACAAAAGAAGCAUGUGUAUGGUUUUAGAGUCGGUUUUUUCUAGAAUUACGAGAGAUAUACUCCUUUUGGAUGAUUUAGCAGCAGAUGAGACGUUACAGCUUCAAAGACUGAUUCAUCUGAUGUUGGAAAAUCUAUCUUCUUUGUUUGAAUCCCUGGAUGCUGACAGCCAAAAGGAGAAGCCACGAGAGGACUCUACACCCUCUCUUGAUAAUAUUAUACCAUCUUUAUGUAAAAUCCGUAAACUGGCAGAAUUAUUAGAUAUGCCUCUCAAAUCCAUUACAACUGCUUGGGAAAGUGGAGAAGUAGUCAGUUGUGGUUUUACAGCGUUAGAGGUGAAAGAUUUCAUCAAAGGCAUAUUCACAGACUCACCCUUAAGAAAAGAAUGCUUAUGGAGGAUAGAAAAUUCCAGGUUUUAAAAAUUUCAUUCAAUUUUCCAGAAAUUUCUGCCAGAAAAGGGGAAAAGAGUAAGAUAAGAUUAGUACCCACUCCUCACGGCAUCUAGGCACCACCGAUAAGAGUUUAUUAUAUGUAGGGCAAUACAAUGAACAGAAAGCAAAAAAGUUAUUCAAGAGUUCUUGUCAGGUUUUGUUCUUGUAAGCUUGUCAUUUUUUAUUCUCGUCUCUUUCAAUUGGUGGUUGGUGGCUGAUGUUGAAGAGGAAACUGAGAAUCUCUUAAAUGUGUAGGUGAUGUAUAUAUAUGAACGUAGAAUGAGUGAUGCUAGUCUUUUGACCGAUUUA